GGCGAGUUGAAAACCUCGCGAUCUCCGCCACUGACCGCCACACCUCCCAGUCACCCACCAACCAACCUUCGCUCCGGAGCUCAUCUCCUCCCGCCCGCCGAACCAACCCCGCCCCGAAGCGCUGUACCAAACCCCCGGACUGAUACAAGGGCUUAGCAAGGGAGAAAGCGCGCGUGGGUGGGCUUGCGCGGUCGUUCACCAUGGAUUUCCUGCUGGGGCGGAGCGUCGAGACCAUGGUGGCCGUCGCCGUCGCGGUCGUCGCCGUCGCCGUGGGCGGCGCCUUCCUCCUCCGACGAUCCAAGAAGCCCAAGGGCUGCUUGGAUCCUGAGAACUUCAAAGAGUUUAAACUUGUAGAAAAGAAGCAAAUUAGUCAUAAUGUGGCCAAAUUCCGAUUUGCUCUCCCCACUCCUACUUCUGUAUUAGGCCUUCCAAUUGGUCAACAUAUCAGCUGCAGAGGACAAGAUGCCACUGGUGAAGAAGUAAUCAAAUCAUACACACCUACUACAUUGGAUUGUGAUCUUGGAAAUUUUCAGCUUGUUAUAAAGAUGUAUCCUCAAGGAAGAAUGUCUCAUCAUUUUCGUGAAAUGAAAGUUGGUGAUUAUAUGUCUGUGAAGGGACCUAAGGGUCGUUUCAAGUACCAAGUUGGGCAAGUUAGAGCAUUCGGAAUGCUAGCUGGUGGAUCAGGCAUUACUCCGAUGUUCCAAGUUGCAAGGGCAAUUCUCGAGAACCCCAAUGAUAAAACAAAAGUUCAUCUAAUCUACGCAAAUGUCACAUCUGAAGACAUUCUUCUGAAGGAAGAGCUGGACAGCAUGGCAGAAGACUAUCCUGAUCGCUUUAAGAUCUUCUACGUCUUGAAUCAGCCUCCUGAAGUAUGGAAUGGUGGUGUUGGGUUUGUAUCCCAGGAAAUGAUUAAAACCCAUUGUCCAGCACCUGCUGAGGAUAUUCAGAUCCUGAGAUGUGGUCCUCCUCCUAUGAACAAGGCGAUGGCCGCACACCUUGAGGCGCUUGGAUACACAAAUGAGAUGCAGUUCCAGUUCUAAGAUCCCGGAGCACCAAAAUAAGGCCGCGUUGCCUAUAAUAUCUUUCGGACAUGGAGAUUGUUGUCUGACCCCUUUUGUUAGCUGACAGCAGAAAUGCAUGAUUUGUCGUGAGAAAAAAACAAAUAUGUACCUUCAUUUUUGUGGGCAAACGUUAGCUGCCUUGGUAGAUGCCCACAUUUUCCUUGAUUGCACUUUUGUGAUUGGUUUUGAGAAGAAAGUUAAACGGUUUUCUCUUCACUUCUGCCUAACGAGCUGCUUGGCUGUGCUGCUGUUGGCAUGCUAAGCCUUGUUUCA